AUGGAACCAUUGUUAUUAUGUUCACUUCGUGGACAUGGUGCUCCAGUUGUGUGCAGUUCAUUUCUGUCGAUAGGACUAUUUUCAGGUGAUUCUAAAGGAUACGUAUAUUGGUGGGAUGUCAAACUGAAGAGACCACAAAAGAAAUGGAAAGCUCAUGAUGAAACAAUUGUACUGAUCCAAUUGUUUGAUAACAAUACUGUUCUAUUGACUCAUGGUCGAGAUUCUAGUAUCAAGUUUUGGGAUUUAAAAGCUUCAAACUUGGAACUUUCAGUUACUGAAUUACCCGUAAAUUCACUAAAUUUUUGUAAUGUAGCGAUUAAUUCUUCGAGACUUCUUCUAACUGCAUCAACGGUUGAUUCAGAUAAAUUUGAUAUUUAUUCCAUAACCUCCAGUCAUCCACUUCAGUUCAGUCGUAUAUGUCAUCAAGUUGAUCCGUGGCAAUUGUAUCAAAAGGCUCUUAAAACUUUACCAAUCCCAUUAGAUGAUGACUUAUCGAAACGUGACAAGUUUGGCAUUAUGAUGAAAUCUAUAUGGAUUAAUGAUCAAGUUUUUUAUAUUGCAUAUGAAUCAGGACAUAUUCUUGGUUUCUAUAUAGAAUCAGAUGAUACCAGUCAAGUGUCUCAUACAAAGAAAGUUGGUGUUACCACUACAACUUCUUCAUCAUUGAUCAAUCGAGGUCCAAAAAUUAAUUUAUUCCAUAUAUCUGACCAAUUGUGUCCAAGUCCAAUAUUAUCUAUAGCAUAUGAUGUCAAACGGAACGUCUUGGUUGCGGGAAGCUCUGGGAAGCUGGUAUUAACUCUUGAUGUCCCAGAGAGUUUCUCCUCUUUGAUUGAAGAUUCAUCAAAGGCAAUUUCAAUCAAACACGCUGGUUUGAGUCAUAUGGUCAUCAUUGGUGAUAUAACCAUUAUAACAUUCUGGAAUGGUAUCACCAAGGGAUUUGUUUCGGCUUCAAUGGAUGAGAUUUGGAAGUUUGACAAAAUCUUACCAACCAUUGAUAAAAAUGAUGAAACCCAAUCGAAUAGACUCAAAGUCACCAGUAUGACCUUCCAAGUUGCAACGCCACGAGAAUCCCAAAUAACCAGAAGCAGCAAGGAAUUGAUACGAAUGAAACGAGACACCUUGGAUAAGAAUUUAUUGGCAAUUGGGUAUGAAAAUGGAAUCAUCUCGGUCUAUGAAGUUUAA